AUGAAGGUAUUCCUGGUGACCCUGUGUCUCGUCUUCGUCAACCAAGCCUUUGGCGACACUGAUGUUUCAGACGCUUUUUUGGAACAAGAAUUUAAGAAGGAGGACAAGGACAACAGCGGCGGUCUUUCGCUAGACGAAGUUAAGGCAGCGACGGUUGAAGAUUCCAAUGGUCAGGCCAUUCCACCAGACGUUUUGAAGGCUAUAGAAGCUGGCUUCAAAGAAGACGACACAAACCAUGAUGGAGUUCUCUCAUUUGCAGAAGUAAAAGCAAAGGUUGAAAAGAACAAGAAGAUGGCUGAAGCAGCUCCAGAUUCUUAA